AUGUCCAACUUCACGGACGUGCUUCCCACCUGCAGUGCGGAGACUCACUCCUGCCAAUGUCAGUGUGAGGAUGCCUGCAUCAAGGACGACGACGGCACCGUUGCGACCACGCUGAACAUUCUUACAUGGGAACUCAACUGCCUUCGGCUCGAGAGGCGUACCGCCGAGUUUGAAGCCAUGUCGGGGAUCCGAGUGAACAUUCAGUGCGUGACGGCUCCACUCACUCGAGAUGAAUUCCAUGCGGAGAUUCUGAGCGAAGCCAAGACACAGACAGGAUUGCACGACGGGUACACGUUGGGUCCUCAUCUGUACGGAGAUCUCGACUUGCUGGAAGGACUUCAUGACCUAACACCUCUGAUCCGAGAGGGUGCCAUUGGAUCCAUGGGAGGCUUUGACUUGAACUGGAAUGAUAUCUUUCUCUUUGCGCGAGAGAAUGGUGCCGUGUAUGAUCGAAAGAUUGUGGGAAUGCCCAUUGAUGGAGAUGUCCAUUCGCUCUACUACCGAAGAGACUUGUUCGACAAGUACAACAAGACACCCCCGGCCACCUGGGAAGAGUACACGGAACUGGCCAAGUUCUUUCAUGGCAAAGUGGAACCCCUUCCUGGAAACGCCACUCAGCAAGUGGAAAUCACGGGAAGCUGCGUUGGAAAGUUGGAGCGUACCGAGUUCUGGGUCUUUCUCGUCCUAUCGUCCAUGACACAGAAUGCUGGAACCAGGUCGGGAAAUCUAUUUGACCCAGUUACCAUGGAGCCCCUCUUGGGUGAAGCCUUUGUCAAGACUCUGCAGUUCAUGGAAGAACAGUUCGCCUAUGGAGCGGAAACGGAGUACACCGGGUCCUUCAAGGACAUUAAUCUCGACAAGAUGAAUGAAGGCCGUUGUGCCAUGACUUACAUGUGGGGUGAUUCCUUCACCGAGGGUGCCAAGGCUCCACCCACGUCCUACAUUGCGGGCUAUCUUGGAACCGCGCCCACACCUGGAUCCAAAGUCUACUUGGACCGAGAGACGCAAAUGCUCAAGGAUUGUACCGACACGACCUGUUCGUGUAACAAUGCCGUGUACAAGGGACACGAAACUGACACUGACUGCAUCAAUUCCGCUCCCUAUGCGGCGUUCACCGGAUGGGCCGGAGCCUGCAGCAACUACACCACUCCCGACAAGAAGAGAGCCUGUGCCGAAUUCUUUGGAUACAUUUCCAGUCCUGCCACCUCUGUGGAUGAUACCAUUCCCAAUGUGACAGUGGGGGCGCCCUUUAUCAUUGUCGAUCCCUUCCGCAACAGUCAUACCCGUCUGGUCGACUGGACGGACCGAGGUUUGCCGGAAGAAAUGACCAAAGAGUACAUUGAUACCAUCAAGAACCAAUUGAAUGACCCCAAUGUCGCCUUGGAUAUGCGUAUUCCGGGUAGUGCAGACUUUCAAGCCGCCAUGAAUGCCGUCUUUCGAGACCACUUGGGAAAAGUGGAAGCCAAACGGCUCCAGGGACUGGUCGGAGACGAUUUGCUACUGACCGAUUAUGAUCGCUGGGAAGCCGAGUUGGAGGUUCGUAAUCGAUGGAAGAAGAUUAUCAACUUGUAUGAUCGAACCCAUUCGCCACCACUUUUGGAAGUGUAUCAACGAAAUCUGGGUGUGUACUCGGAGGACGCGGCAUCAGGAAGCAGCAUUGGAGCCGGACCUAUCGUGGCGAUUGUCGUUGCCAUUUUGGCAGUCAUUGUUGGAGCCGUUUUCUUUGUCGUUCGAGAAAAGCAGCGCAAGAAUGAUCAAGUUUGGAAGAUUGAAAAGGACGAAAUCAAGUUUGAAGAUCCACCCCAAAUUGUGGGACGUGGACGAUUUGGUGUGGUGUUGCUGGCGGAAUACCGCGGUUCGGAAGUCGCCGUGAAGCGUGUCGCUCAUGUCAAAGAAAACCAGGUCAACCAAACGGGAACAAUGUCGAGCCCAGAUUUUGAAAAGUGGUUUCAAGUCGACGAAGAAUCGGCAAUCCCUGCUACGGAACACAAAAAGGAGGAUUCCAUGGGUACACGCAGCGGAGGUACAGAACGUACCAAAGAGAUCACCAGAUCUAUCACUAGAGUUUCUGGUGGUACCAGUCAAGGAAACAAGGCGAUGACGAGUCGACAAAUCCGGAAAGACUUCAAAAAUGAAAUGAGGCUGAUUUCUAGCCUGAGACAUCAAUGUAUCACAACAGCGGUUGGUGCGUACAUGAACUCAUCGGGCGACCCAAUGCUCGUUAUGGAGUAUAUGCAGCACGGUUCACUUUAUGACAUUCUCCACAAUAAUACCAUGGUGUUGGAAGGACCAAUGCUUCUGCAAAUGGUGGGCGAUAUUGCCCAGGGAGUGCGUUUCUUGCAUGCCUGCAAGCCACCGGUGAUCCAUUGUGAUCUCAAAGCCGCGAACAUCUUGGUGGACAACAGGUUCCGAGCCAAGGUUGCUGACUUUGGGUUGUCAAGUAGAGCUGGAGCUGGAGCGAUUGGAACUCCUUUCUGGAUGGCGCCUGAGAUCCUUCAGGGUGGUUCCAACACUGAAGAGUCGGAUGUGUAUGCUUUCGGCAUUGUUUUGUUUGAGGCGUUCGCGCGCAAGGAGCCCUAUGACGGAGAGGAUCCUGUUGAAGUAUUAAAGCUUGUGUGUGACAAAAGUGUCAACAAACGUCCACCGGCACCAAAGGACAGCCCGCCACAUAUCACAUCAGUUAUGAGUGACUGUCUGGUCGCCGAUCCUGCGGAACGUCCAAGCUUUGAAGAGCUGGACAAGCGUAUCAAGAGGAUUGAUGCAAAGAAGAUGUUCCUGGCAAGGCAAAGCAGAGUUCACAUGAACAGUGUUCCAACGACAUCUAUCUCACUCGACGAUAUCUUCCCUGCGCAUAUUGCAAAAAAGCUGAAGAACAACGAACCUAUCGAACCGGAACAUCACGACAUUGUUACAAUCUUCUUUUCAGACAUAGUUGGGUUUACCGAUAUUUCUGGGCAACUGGAACCACGAAAGGUUGCCAAGAUGCUUGGUCGCCUUUACAAUAAGCUCGACAAGGUUGCGGAAAAACAUGAAGUGUUCAAGGUGGAGACUAUUGGUGACGCCUACAUGGCUGUGACCAAUCUGGUAAAGGAUCAACCCGAUGAUCAUGUCAAACGCAUCGCCGAAUUCGCUGCAGAUGCUCUUGAAGCUGCAAACGACACCUUGAUUGACGAGGACAAUCCUGAAAAGGGCGUACUCAGCCUUCGAGUUGGAUUGCACUGUGGCCCCGUUGUGUCGGAUGUGGUGGGCUCCCUCAAUCCGAGGUAUUGUCUUUUUGGAGAUACCGUCAACACGGCCAGUCGGAUGGAGAGCAACUCGGAGCCGGGCAGAAUCAAUUGUUCCUCCGCGACUGCCAAGCUCCUCCAAGUUCAAAAGCCUGGUGUCUCCGUUACAUCUCGCGGUAUGAUCAACGUCAAGGGCAAAGGUAUGAUGCACACGUACUGGGUCAACCGUGACUAA